CGCGAAUUUACUCCGGCGUGUUUCACGAGCUAGAAUUGUGAUGCUGUCGUGUAUCUACGUUAAGUCGUCUUUGUGCCACCAAACGGUUUCGUUAGCGGUUUCGAGAUUGUGAAACGCUCCAACGUAUUCAACCUUUGAGAUGCCCACGACGACGACGACCAAGCGGCCGCCCGCCAAGCUCGUGUACAAAGCCAAGAACGAGCUGCCUCUGGUGACGCCCAAGGAGUCGUCCAACAUGAACCGAUCGACUAGCGGCAUCGCGGGGGUUCUGGACUCGCUCAAGGGCAAGAUGGACAUCCUCGACCACGAGAUCAAGGCCGACCAAAAGGGGAAAAAGGAUUACGAGGACGAACUGUUCAAACUCAACACCCGCAAGCAGGACCUGACGGCGCACCUGACCGAGUGCCAGCGGUGGAUCGACCUCUUCGCGUCCAAGAUCCAGCCCCUUGAGAACAGCUACAGCGCCACGACCGUCGACAUGCGCGACGAGUACAACGAGGCCAAGGUCAAACACACCAACGGACUGCAAGUGCUCAUCGACAACUUCAACUACCACCCCGUGUUCAAGCGCUACAACGACGACUUUACCGCCGUACCGUUUCGGCCUAAAUAAAUACUCUACUACUACAGUACUACCUGGUGGGCCUUACUACUGUACUACUAGUAGUAUGUAGUAGUCUAGUACUACUAGUAGUAUGCAUGAAUAAUACUAUUAGUACUACA